AUGCAACGCUUGUUGAAUCUUCAUCGUUAUCAAGUGAACGGUAAGGGUGAGAUUCAUCCGAUGGAUGGUGCUGAUAUAGAUGUUUGUCUUUUCCUCGAAUAUAAAUUAGCUAGGUGUGAAAUCGGUGAGAAAUUACGCGCACAAGUUGACUAUGAGAAAUCUGAUUUUAUGCGCAAAGUGAACGAAAUUAAGUGUGUUAACGAACACGAAAACUUAGACCAGACAGAAGAACAAGAAUUUGAUUGGAGCUACGUGGAUGAUUCGGAACAGUAUUAUGGAUGGAUAUGUCAAGGAGAUGAAGAUGGAUACGCUUAUUAUACAGAUCCAGACGGAAUUCUCUAUUCGGUGGACCAAAGUGGUUUCUGGUACUUUCAAGACGAAACCGAUGCUGAAUUUCAACCGUGCCAGGAGACUGUGGUUAGUAUAGCGAUGAAGAUGUAUCCGUUGAACGCUCACGGUCAGCCGGUUUUGCCGAUAAACGCACAUGGCGAGAAAAUCUUCCCGACUGACGCCAAUCAUAUGCCGAUAUUUCCGAUCGAUCACAGCACCCAACUGCCGACGUUUCCGGUUGAUGAUUAUGGACAGCCGGUGUUCCCGACUGGAACGGACGGACGACCGAUAGUGCCGGUUGAUGGGAACGGCGUUCCGGUAUUACCACGCGACGCAACUGGUAAACCAGUGAUACCGUACGACGAUCAUGGCAUGCCGCUUAUUCAUCUGGCCAGUGACGGCAUAACACCACUCACCGAAGAGGAAUAUCAGUAUUCGUUGCAGUGGCAUGAUUACUAUGGAAGUUACAAUCAGUAUUACGCACUCGUUCAUAAUCCUAUCCAGCCGCAGCAGGUGGCAUUUGGUGUUCCCAGCCUAGCGAUGGGCGUUAACACCUUGGAGCAAGCACCUGAGAGGAGUCUGAAAUUUUUGAAAAAGGUCAGACCCGAAGAUAUCGAUCUACCACUGACUGCACUCCCUCCGCAACCGUCCGAUGCUGUGCCCAUCUCGAUGACUCCAGAUUGCGCAAAACCGCAACCCGAACCUCCACUCGCCGAAGAAGUUGAGCAACAGAAAGCCGCUGAAGAACUGAAAGCGAAAACGAAACGUUUAAUGGAAAUGCAACUUCGAUUCACUCGAAAAACUCCAGGAUUCGGUAUCGCUGCCAAAACAAAUACGACUGACUCAGUUGGAAAGAAGAAAUCUGAAGAAUCGAAGACUGUUGGUGAAAAGGAUAGUAAUGAAAACGAUUCGGGUGAUAAGACAGCAAAUGACAGUAUGGAUGAAUCAUUGAGAAGUGUUGAGCUGAACGGUAAUGCCUACGAUAUGAUGACUGCAAAUGAAUCAGUUGCCGACAACACAGAAGCAUCCACAACUCCGAAAGCUGCCUCUCCAGAGACCGUUCCUGCCCCGAACGAUGUACGAUCGACCACUUCGCCUGGAGAUACAAACCAUCCUUCUAUGGAAUUAGACACUCAGAACGAGGAAUCUAAUGAAACAACGACAACGUUGGAACCAGCACUUAAUCAUGAUGAUAAUCAAGCCAUCUCCGUGGAAGAAAAGUCUGCUCAAAUGGUGGAAACGAACCAGUCUAGUUUAAAUGAGAAUGAGAAUGAAGAUUCGGGAAGGCCGACGAUUUCGAACGGCAAAGAGUCAGCAGCUGUUGAUAAUGAGGCAGUUUUAUUUGUUGAAACUUCAGAAGCUGAUCCGAAGAAAUUAUCACAACCUAAAUCAUUACCCGCAAGUUCCAAGCCAGAGUCAUUACCCGCAUCUCAGAACAUACCAUCAUUGUCGAAACCUUCCAAUGAAGAACGUUCAGUCUCAAAAGCGAAAUCAGAUCCACUUGGUGAUAUAUUGAAUGAGUAUCCGAUCUCCACUCGUUCGAAUAGUUCACUUUCGAAUGUUUCUCAAAAUGAACGUCAGCAUGGUCAAAUAUCAUCACAUCGUCCUGCUGCUGCAUCGUCUCACAGUCGCCAAGAGCCAUCACGCGAUCAAGAGCCACCACAAUCACAACAUUCGAAAGAAAGCAAUAAUCACCAGUACGAUCACGAAUCGCGAAAUUCACGGAGUCGUUCAUCCACCUAUCCUCGAUAUCUGUACGAGUCACCGUCUCCUGAAAUACAUCAUUCAAGCUAUCAAUCACCCAAACAACAAGAACCCGCCAGUAGUCGAUCGCCAAAUAGACCGUACAGCGGCUCGAAAAGUCCGAAUCGUUCUGUUCGAGAAUCUCGAACUCGCCAUCAUUCAAAACACGAGCGAUCAUCAAGUCGCACGCAACGACAUGUUCGUCGUGAAAAGUCAUCACGAAAACGUAGCAGGUCUUGCAGUCCUAGUCGAAGUGUCUCUCGAACGCAGUCAUCACGUCGCGCUGGCUGGGAGCACUCAGAGCAUUCGUCGAAUAGACGGCACCACUCACUUGCUGAGUCACGAUCACGUGAGUUGAGUCCGCACGAUCAAUCAGUAUCUCGUGAACCUGAACGCUCUACAUCGCUUGAACGUUCUGGAAGUGUGUCGUCGGUUCAGUCGAGUAACCUUUCGAUAACGAUCCUCAGCAACAGUGGUAAACCGUCGACGCGAAUUGUCCGCUCGAGUACUCACUCGAAACACUCAACUGAACAGCACCAAAACCGUUCACCUGGUGAAAUAUCCAGCAUAACACAACAAUCUGAAAAUGGCGAACAGAUUCGCAGUCAAAUGAAUUCCAAGGAAACCAAAAAAGACAGAAAAAAGAAACACCGAAAACAGUCGUCAUCAUCAAGGAGGAGUCGAAAAAUUGGGAAUCUAGAGGCGAGUGGAACGCUUUCGGCGAAAAAGAAUGGUCGAGAAGCUGUCGAACAAACGGUGGAAGAUUUGGUCUCCCGAGAGAAUGAUUUGGAGCGAGAGAAGGAUGGCGCAAAGCAAGAUUCUAAUUCGUACGGUCCUCAACCACCCAAGCAAGUCACCGCUGAGGAUGCUGAGACAGAUGAUCAUGUGAAGGGAUUGAAGACGAAGGAUUCGAAAUCCAAAAAGGUAACGAAUUGA